UGAUCUGUGCGUAUCUGUCUAUUUCUCUUUAUCUUUGGUGCGAAUAACCUACAAUAACACUAUUUUGGAUUUAGAUAAAUUUAGUUAAGAAACUGCAGUGUUUUUGCUCAAAAAGCUAACUAAUCUAAUCUAAAAAUCUACCCACAAAUCUGACUGUGACAGUGAGUGUGCGCCUUUCUACGCAGAUACCCCUUUUAUGAAAGUUUUCCAUUUAUAGCUUGUUUGAUGUUACAAGUUAAUCAAAAUUGCAAAGAGCAAUGGAUGAGUCCCCAGAUAGUAAAAAAGCAUGGGCUCUUUCACAGAAAAUAUUUCCAAUUUUAAACGACUUUAGUACAUGCAACCAAGAAGAUACUUUUUUUAAAUCCCAGUUUGAGGAACUGUGUAAUUAUAUGCAAGCGAAUGGCUUGCAAGAUUUCCUUCAACAACUUAUCAUUAACCAAGUGGAAAAACGAUUUCGCGAUGAAAUCGUUCCUGCAUUUUGGUCAUAUUUUCAGAAAUCGGAACUCCACAAUAAAGACCUUAAUCAGUUCUAUAAUGCAGUCAAAUCACUCUAUGACAAUUACAAAGAGAUGGAUAAAAUUACGUCUGGACUGGAGCUUUUUAGACAAUGUACACAUGUUACAAAAAUACCCUACAAUGAGAAAACCAUCAAUAAUGCUUUAAAGUUAAUUUUAAAAGCGACCGUCUUGGCCCAAUCGCCUCUGAAUUAUCAGGCUGUUACUCUGAGUUUUUAUGAGACAGCUUUAAGAAUCGAGGAUGUAGACAGCUAUCUUGGAUUUGAUUCUGGACAUUGUGCGGCUUGUGAUCAGGACAGUUGCAAUUGCUUGCAUUUAUUGCAGGAAACAAAUCGAAAGUUGAGUGAGAUGAACUUAUUGGAGCCUCUAGUUGGACAGACCUUCACGAAUUUGAGUCAUAAAUAUAUAUAUACACAUAUUCAAAAAAUGUGCAAAGAUAAUUAUGAUUCGUUUAUAACCAGAUUGGAAACGUGGUUACAUACAGUAGUAAUUGUUUGGUUGCGAAAAAUGUAUAGUUUUGACACAUCUAUUUGCUUAAAUGAAGCCAUGGAUACGUUUCAAACGAAACUAGUUAAUUACUUGUAUAAUAGUUAUACGAAAAUCAGGAUCAAUCAACUUUUUAAUAUUGUUAUAGAAUAUCCCGAAUCGCUACCCGCUUUGGAGGACAUCCGUUUAUGUUUACCGAGAACAGAUUUGAAGCCUUUGCUAAUGAAAAAAUUGCAAAGAGCCAUGGAAACUAGAUUAUUACAUCACGGCGUUAGCACGGCAGAUAUUCUUACGGCUUAUGUUGCUACGAUUAAAUCCCUGAAAGUUUUGGAUCCCACUGGUGUUCUUUUGGAAUCAGUCACAGAUCCUAUACAUCAAUAUUUAAGAGAGAGAGAAGACACAGUUAGAUGUGUAAUGAGCAGCUUAACCGAAGAAGGGCCUAAUGAUUUGGCUGAGGAAUUACAUAAAAGAGGAGCUGUUGAUGAAAAUAUAAAUGUUGAGGAUGGGGAUGAUGAUUGGGAAACAUGGACUCCGGACCCCAUUGAGGCCGCUGUUUCUCCAAAUCCUCCAAAAGAUGUAGGCAGUCGUCGUAACGUGGACAUCAUAUCCAUGCUAGUAGAUAUUUAUGGAAGCAAUGAACUAUUUGUCAAUGAGUAUAGGAAUCUUCUAGCCGAUCGGCUUUUAUCGCAGUACACAAGCGACACAGAGAAAGAAAUUCGCUACUUAGAACUGCUGAAACUGAAAUUUGGAGAUUCGAAUUUGCAUUUCUGCGAAGUAAUGCUGAAGGACGUAGUGGAUUCAAAGAGGAUCAAUCAAAGGAUCAAAGAAGACAGUGAAUACAGUGAAAGUAUUGUACCGCUUUCAACUUUGAUCGUUUCCCAACAGUUUUGGCCGCCAUUUAAAGAAGAGAAAUUAGAAUUGCACAGCAAGGUUGCUGAACAAAUUAAGCAAUUUACCGCCGGAUUUGAAACGUUGAAAGGCAGCAGGACUUUAUGCUGGAAGAACCAUUUAGGGGUUGUGAAUAUUGAAAUUGAGCUGAAUGAUAGAACGUUUAAUUUAUCAGUGUCACCUAUGCAGGCAACUAUUCUGAUGCACUUUCAAGACAAGGAUACGUGGCAACUUGAGGAAUUAAGCAACGUAAUGCAGUGCACAGCAAGUUUAUUACGACGUAAAAUAAGUUUCUGGAUUUCUCAUGGAAUUUUAUCGGAGACAAGUAUCGAUAUAUUUUCAGUUCAGAACGUUGAAAAUAAAAAUCUGGCAAAAGUCGUCUUCUGUGAUGAGGACUUUGAAGCCGAAUCCGCUAUGGCCAGUGUACAAGAUCAAAAAGACGAAGAAUUUCAGAACAUUUGGACAUAUAUUGUCGGAAUGUUGAAGAAUUUGGACAGUUUGCCAUUAGACAGAAUUCAUCAUAUGUUGAAAAUGUUUGCAUUUCAAGGACUGACAACAGAAUGCAGCCCGUCUGAACUAAAAGUUUUCUUAGAUAGAAAAGUCAGAAAACGACUCCUCAUUUUCUCAAACAACCUGUAUACACUUCCUAAAUGAUGAUAAGAACACCUAAAAAUAAUGAUAUUCAUCUCAGUACCACUAAAGGAUGUUAACAGUUCUACCGUAAAAUGAAAUUAU